UUUGCUCUAAGGAUUUUUCAGUAUUGUCAGCAAAACGUCAGCAAAACGUAUGCAGUGAUAAGAAAUUGUUGCAAAUCAGUGUUGGGGAAUUAAUUAACGAACUGAACUAGUGAAUAGACAAAUAAAAAUGUCUGACUUGAGAGAUUGGAUAAAUUCUCUGCCAAUGUUCACACGAUACUGGCUACUCUCCACAAUCGGUCUUUCACUGAUUGGGAGAUUUGGGUUAUUAUCACCUCACAUGUUGAUUCUUCUGUACGAUCGUUUCAUUCACAAUUUCGAGAUCUGGAGAGCCAUCACUAGUUUAUUGUUCUAUCCACUCAAUCAGGCCACUGGAUUUCACUUUAUGAUAAAUUGUUAUUUUUUGUACCGAUAUUCGUUAAACUUGGAGACUGGAGAGUAUCAGGGAAAACCAGCUGAUUAUGGAUUUAUGCUAUUGUUUAAUUGGAUUUCUUGCGUUGUCAUUGGACUGAUUGGUAAUGUUCCAUUGUUGAUGGAUCCAAUGGUACUCAGUGUACUCUAUGUUUGGUGUCAGCUCAAUCAGGAUGUCAUCGUCAACUUCUGGUUUGGCACACAGUUCAAAGCAAUGUACCUUCCUUGGGUCCUGGCAGGAUUCAAUUUGAUAAUCUCUGGAGGUGGAAUGCUGGAGUUGAUAGGAAUUCUGGUUGGACAUCUCUAUUUCUUCCUAAAAUUUAAAUACCCUCAGGAGUACGAUGGCCCGGAGUUGUUAAAUACUCCGAAGAUAUUGGAGCACUACUUUCCACCCCAUCGAAUCAAUGUCCAUGGAUUCAGUGCUAGUGCACCAAGGACUGGAGGACAAUCAACCCCUGGAAGAAAUAUGUUUGGGGGAUACCAGUGGGGCCAGGGACAACCACUUGGACAAUAAAUCGACUGCUAGAUUAUCAUUAUUUUUCAAUUCAGAUUCAUUCAUACACUCGAGGGUUGAGUGUAAUUUAUAUCUUAUUUUUGAUGAGAUGGGUGAACAUCACAAUUGUAAAUAACUGUCGGUGACUUUAGUAAUUAAUAAUUCUCUAGUUCAAAGUGUGGAGAGUUGUUUUGUUACUGAGACUAUUUCAUGGAUAUUCCAGUCGGAUACACAAACGAAUUCUAGAGAUUUAUUGAAUUCAUUCACAUCCCAUGAUUUUUUUUCGAUGAAAACAUUUCCUCAGGAAAAAUACUGAGAUUUGUUCAAACGUUUUUACACUAGUCUAGAAUAUUUUGGUCACAGUUUUGGUUGAGUUAAUCAUGUAUAAUGGGUUCUUGUGGAUCUGUUAAUAAUAACGUCUUCGUGUCAUUAUUAUUUAUGAAUAAAUGGAUUGUAAGGAAAUAAA